AGAAGGCUGGCUUGGCGAGGCGGUGAAGGAGAGAGAAAGAGCGAGAGCGCGCGCGCGCGCACGACAGCGAGGGCUGAGAAGCAACAGACCAGAAGCCAAGAAAGAGGCAACGUCGAUUUGGUGCUGCCGCUGCAAAUCACAAGACGGACUGGUCCUGUCUUGAGGAGGUAGGCAGUCUGUACUGAAUCUGUAACGACCGACUGCAGCAAGAGGAAGGGCAGCACUUAAUCGGCAAGAAAAAGCAGACGAAAAAACGGAAAUGAAAGGCAGUACCAGAAUCAUCAGAAAGAAGGAAUAUAUUAAAAAUGCAGUUUGAGCUGGAAAGAAGAAAAACAUAUCAAGAAGAGACACGCAAAAAGCCAAAGAAUCUAUGAAUAUUUAUUUAUGUGAAACUGAACUUAAUUUAUGCCAGGACUAUAUGGAAUAAUGGAGAUCUAGACACCUGUAUAAUAACUUCAGGAUAAAAUACUGUGGAUUUAUAAAUGUGGACUUUGGUGUAUUUUCUAGCAUUCCUUUGGAUUUCUGUUUAGUGCAGAGAGCCAGCAAACUAGGCCUCAUGCUGUCUAAGAGAGGGUCUUCCUUCUUCCAACAUCGAGGCUGACUCAACGGGGAACCUGCUAAUCUCACCCUGACUGAGCUCCUCAUUCAUCAGCUGCUCUCCAGCUCCCCACCCCUCCCCAGGAUCUGGCUGUCACAAUAGCGAGGUCAAGAUGGACAGUACGGGCCACUUGCAUGACCUGGGGGUGGGGGAUGUGGGUGAAGAAUCACAGAAGUGCCCGUAUCCUGUUACUCUGCAGCCUCCACCCGCAAUGGGAGAGCAAGAGGCUCCACUCCAUCAAUUUCCACAGCAGCCACAGCAUCUACAGCAACAUCCACUGACCCUUGCACAGCUCAGCACUCAGCUGCAGCCCACUGGAAACACGACACCCACUCCAGUUCCUCUGGCUGGCCACAACUAUAACCAUAGUGGGAGCAGCGGCGGACCUGGGGGGACCAGCACUCUGCAACUCUUCAACAGCAGCUCGUCCCCCACUGCAGCCCCAUCAGUUCUCCCUGCUUCCUUUAGGGCCUCAAUCUCACCUCUGCAGAACCCCCUUAGCUCUUAUCCCAGUACCAAUGUGCUUCAUCCAGUUUCGUCAUCCAGGCAUGGCAGCCAGCACAACUUGAGUGAACUCCAAAUUCAGCAACAUUUGGCUAGCCAUUCCCCAAGUUCACUGACAGGGGAGAAGGGAGGAGUGGGGGGUGUUUCUGGGGGAGGGGGUGGUUGUUCCUCAAGCAAACACAGGCAGGCCAGCCCCCUAGUCCACCGCAGAGACAGCAACCCCUUCACAGAGAUUGCUAUGAGCUCCUGCAAGUACAGUGGUGGGGUAAUGAAGCCUCUCAGCCGGCUUAGUGCCUCCAGAAGGAACCUUAUUGAUUCAGAGCCUGAAAGUCAGCCCUUGCAGAUAUUUAGCUCUGGCUGUGCUGGUGGCCCACCAGAAAUUGUCAUUUCUUCUAAGGAAGACGUCCAUCAUGCCAAUGCCAACCAGACCUUGCUACUUCAUCAUAACCAAAAUCACCAGCAACACACAGUCAGUGGGGGUAGUGGGAGUGGGGGCACCACCACCAACGCCACUGCCAACAAUUUGGGUAGUACUCACUCCAAAGCCAACAAGAGGAAAAACCAGAAUAUCGGUUAUAAACUGGGGCACAGGAGAGCCCUGUUUGAGAAGAGGAAGCGACUCAGCGACUACGCGCUCAUUUUCGGAAUGUUUGGAAUUGUUGUCAUGGUGAUUGAGACGGAGCUGUCCUGGGGCGUGUACACCAAGGGAUCAAUGUAUUCGUUAGCUUUGAAAUGCCUUAUCAGCUUGUCUACAGUGAUCCUCUUAGGUUUGAUUGUGGCCUAUCAUGCAAGGGAAGUGCAGCUCUUUGUCAUCGAUAAUGGAGCAGACGACUGGCGCAUCGCUAUGACCUAUGAGCGGAUUUUCUAUAUUACACUGGAGCUGCUGGUCUGUGCUGUGCAUCCAAUUCCUGGACAAUACAAAUUCCAGUGGAAGGCAAGGCUGGCAUUCUCUUACACUCCAUCCCACGCCGAGGCUGAUGUGGACAUCAUCCUAUCCAUCCCCAUGUUCCUACGACUGUACCUCAUUGCUCGGGUCAUGCUUCUGCACAGCAAGCUGUUUACAGAUGCUUCCUCACGCAGCAUUGGUGCCCUCAACAAGAUCAACUUCAACACACGCUUUGUUAUGAAGACACUGAUGACCAUCUGCCCAGGCACUGUGCUGUUGGUCUUCAGCAUUUCGCUGUGGAUUAUUGCAGCUUGGACAGUGCGGGUUUGUGAGAGGUAUCAUGAUGCACAAGAUGUAACGAGUAACUUCCUAGGAGCAAUGUGGCUUAUAUCCAUUACCUUCUUGUCCAUUGGUUACGGAGACAUGGUGCCUCAUACGUAUUGUGGGAAGGGUGUAUGCUUGCUCACUGGAAUUAUGGGUGCUGGAUGCACUGCUCUUGUGGUUGCAGUUGUUGCCAGAAAACUUGAGCUCACAAAAGCUGAAAAACACGUACAUAACUUCAUGAUGGACACCCAACUCACCAAACGGAUAAAAAAUGCAGCAGCUAAUGUGCUUCGAGAAACAUGGCUCAUCUAUAAGCACACAAAGCUGAUCAAGAAGAUCGAUCAUGCCAAAGUCAGGAAACAUCAAAGGAAAUUUCUGCAAGCCAUCCACCAGUUACGCAGUGUAAAAAUGGAGCAGAGGAAACUCAGCGACCAAGCCAAUACUCUGGUUGAUCUUUCCAAGAUGCAAAAUGUAAUGUAUGACCUGAUCACAGAACUUAAUGACCGCAGUGAGGAUCUAGAGAAGCAGAUCGUAAGCUUGGAGAGUAAGCUGGAGCAGUUGACAUCAAGCUUCAAUUCCCUGCCAGGGUUGAUAGCAGAGACCCUGAGACUUCAGCAUGCACAGUUGCUACUGGUGAUCGCAGAAAACCGAGCUGGAACAGGUACAGGGACAGGAGGAACAAUCACAGGAACUCCAGGGAGGUUCCAUUGUCCACUCUCUUCUGCAUCGCCACUCCUCUCUGACAGUCCUUUAGAAAUCAGCUCAGCUUCAUUUCCUACUCCAUACACAAGUUCCAGCAGCUGUUAAAUAUCUGGGCUGCCAGCUAAUCUUCCCUGAAAAUUAACUGAUGCUUUAUUCAGCUACUAAUACAGUUACAAAAACAGGGAACAUAUGCUUCUUAUUUUAAUUGUUUCCUGCAACAAAGGAAAAGGGCAAAACAAAUGAAAAUGUAUCACUAAAGCAUAGUCUCCUCUUCUCAAUAAUUAGGAAAGGUAGAAGUACAAGGCAGGAGUCCAUUGUAUGGGCCUGUCUGGAAAAGUACACUGAAAGAUCUUUGAUGUCACAUUGUUGUUGGCUAUAUAGGUUACCUCUUGCAAGGCAAAUAAAAUGGCUAUUACAUGACAUUAGUGAGAGUAGGAGAGCCUUGUAAAAUAAGACAAAAACCAAAACAAAAUCUCCAUCUGCACAACAGUGAAUGACACAGACAGCCUUUUCUUCAGCCAGUAACACUGUGGAGAUCUGCCACGGAAAAAAUAUCAACUUGAAGAGUGAUCUCAGAUGGAACAUGAGAUGUGUGAUCAGCAACAUCGCAAAGGAAGUAUGGGCAAAACUGGUACAAGAAGACUAUCGUAUGAAUGUACAAUGCAUGCUGAGCAGAAGCAGCAGGUAAACCAAGCAAAAUUCAACACUUUUUCCUUGCAAAUCAUUGAUUUUGGGUGUUUCUUGCCAAGGUAAGCUAACCUGAGAGCAUAGCUGCUCAUGGUUCUGAAGUGUAUGUACAAAAAAGAAAGCACAGAAAAAGAAUGCUCCUCUGAAAUGGAGCACGCUUUUAACACCUGAGGUAUUUCUGUUGUUUUUUUGGUUUUUUUUUUGGCUAUUUAUUUAUUUUAUUUUUUGUUAAAAUUGCUCAGGUUUCAGAUGAAUUUGAUGGUUGUUUUUAUUGGAACCAAAAUAAAAUUCUAGCAGCAUGAGGCACACGUUAUGGUUCAUUUAUUCUUCAGUACUAGGACUCUUCCCAAUCCCAUCAAUCCCAAGAUGGGUUUGCUUUUGAAAACACCUAUUAUAUAAUGGAAACUCUGCUGCCUAGACAUAAAUACAGAAAGAAAAGCAAAAUGAAUAUGAAUAUCUUUAUGGACAUAUACUGUAACAUGCUGAAUGUCACAUCCUUAGUCCCUCUCAGCUAUCAAUUUGAUGUCUCAGUUCAUGAGACAUUUUGAAUUCAGAAUUGCUUACAUUGAGAUGAAUGUCACUACCUAGAAUCUAAAAACAUUUUUCAAAGAAGACAAAUAGAUCAGACUAUUUAAAUAUGUCAAACUGCUUCAUCAUUGUAAAGAUAUUUAUAAUCUUAGGUAUUGCCAAAAAGAUCAGCUUUUUGGUCUUUGGCAAAAAGAUAUAGGUUAGGGUCCAAAACCCAUCCAAAACCCAAAAGGUCUUCCUUUUUAAAACAAAAUAACGGGUGGGAUUACUUCCAAUACACAGCAGCUUUUCUACAACAUUCCAGAACAAUGCAGUAUGUUAUUUCUUCUGUGAGUACACAGACCUAUUCUGUGUUUGGCUAGAUUGUUGUAGUUUCUUUUUAAAAUGACAUCAACUGGAACGACUUCCUCUUCUCUGUAAGAUGCUAAGAUUGAUUCCUUGAUAUUCUCAAAUAGCCAAAGUAAACUGCACUAAAAGCAUAAUCUUUGAAUACUUGGAGCCUUCAUUGCAAAGCACAAUCAAGGCGCCAGCAAAGCUGAUGCUGGGUAAAAUAAAUGAUUCUUUCAAGAAACUAGAAGCAGGUAUUUCAUAGUGUUGUGUAAAAGCCGACAGUAGCAAAAAUGCACAGUUUUUAGACACAGCUAGGCACAUACUUUUCAUAGGUAUACAUUUGAUAGAUUGUUCUGUUGGGCAUCGUGCUAACAUAGUUAAUUAGAACUGCUGCCUUAUGGGUCUAGAGGCAUGAGUUGUGGUCUUUGUGGAGUUUGCAUCUUCUCUUGCACAGAUUUUCUCUGGAUGCCCUGGUUUCCUGACACAUCCUAAAGACAAGUUAAUUGGAGGUCGUAAAUUUGCCUGUUAUGAGUGAAUGUAGUGGUGUACUUAAUGUUUUUAUCCUGGGAUGAUCUUGUGUCUCAUUUAACAUUUGUACUGUCUUGACCCUGUAAUUGAGUAAGCAGGAUAAGAAGAGGAAUGACAGCAUAUUUUUUCUGUUCGUGGGUUUUUGUUUUUAGCAGAUAUUAAUGCAUUUGGCUCUCUAAAGCCAGAGAAGCUUGUUUAAUUAAAUUAAAGUGUUUUUUGACAUUCACUGUUAUAGUGCCAAUGGAUUAAUCAUAUUUUUGUAAUUUAUACCAUUUAUUUUAUUGCUUUGUAUCAGCUUUAGCCUACCUUCUCUAAAUUGUUGAGAGAAUAUGGUGCUUAUCAAGGCUUUCCAAAACUUUAAGACUGACUUAUGAAUAUGGCCUCCCCAGGAUAGAGACUUGCUUUGCCCCAUAUGCCAAGUACCUCACAGCUAAGCAUGCUUUGGCUCUUUUCUAUGAUGCUUUUAGCUGUUUAUUUUUUAAGCUGUCUAUUCAAGUAGUCUUUCUGAAAGAAAGAAAGAAUGAGGGCAGCUGACCCAAAUGUUGUUAAAAAUACUGUAACAAAGGUGCUAUAUGGGCGCCCGACCCAACACAUACUGACACCGGAGGCACGUAUAAAAGCAA